AGAAAAAAAUUUCAUUCACGUCACUCAAAAAACAAAAUAUCGCGGCUCUCCUCUCCUUACUUCCUUCCUUCCUUCUUUCCUUCCUCCAAUCUUUCACAGGUCAUUUCUCUCUCUCUCUCUAAAAUCCCAUCGCAGAUCUUAACUGAUAGAUCCAUCAAAUUAUCGUAGUUAAUCAGGUUCGGUACUGUGAGGUUGCUUAAAAAUGGGGCUGACAUUUACGAAGCUGUUUAGCAAGCUUUUUGCGAAGAGAGAAAUGAGAAUUCUGAUGGUAGGUCUCGAUGCUGCUGGUAAAACUACCAUUUUAUACAAGCUCAAGCUCGGUGAAAUCGUUACUACCAUCCCUACCAUCGGAUUUAAUGUGGAAACAGUGGAAUAUAAAAACAUCAGUUUCACCGUUUGGGAUGUUGGUGGUCAAGACAAGAUCCGUCCAUUGUGGAGGCACUACUUCCAAAACACUCAGGGUCUUAUUUUUGUGGUUGAUAGCAAUGACAGGGAUCGUGUUGUUGAGGCAAGGGAUGAGUUGCACAGGAUGUUGAAUGAGGAUGAACUCAGGGAGGCUGUUUUGCUUGUAUUUGCCAACAAACAAGAUCUGCCUAAUGCAAUGAAUGCUGCAGAGAUAACUGACAAGCUUGGCUUGCAUUCUCUCCGCCAACGCCACUGGUACAUUCAGAGCACAUGUGCAACUUCUGGAGAGGGUCUCUAUGAGGGGUUGGAUUGGCUUUCCAACAAUAUUGCUAGCAAGGCAAGUACAUGAAUUUUAUAGAAUGGACCGUGGCAUUGAAUUAUAUAAUGGCUUUAAGCUGCUAUUUUUAUUCUCCAAAAACGUAGUGAUUUUGAAUAAUGGGAUAUCGUUGCGAACGCAAGUUUCAUGCUUACACCUGUCAUAUUCCUUUCGUUAUAUGUUUGUUACAACCCUCUCUUGCUUUCUUUUCAGGCAUGAGCCAUUAAAGAAUUUUGGUUCCUAGCGAUUUGGGAGAGGACGCUUCCCCUUUC